AUGCCUCGGACAUGCCAUGCACUCGAAGUCACUGCCACAAAGUGGGACUUCUUCUUCGCUUUAGCGACAUUUACACACGCCGUUCAAGCCGUGAGAUAUCGCAAGCCGUAUUGCUGGACAAUUGCGAUGAGCGGUUUGCUUCAGACCCUAGCAUAUCUCUUUCGAAUUCUUAGCAUCGAAAGUCCGGCAAGUCUAGGGCCUUAUGCAGCAUGGUUUGUUCUAAUCCUGAUUGCGCCAAUCUGGAACAACGCAUUUGUAUACAUGAUUCUAGGUCGCAUGGUCUGGACCCUUUCAAAAGCUGGCAAGGUCUUAGGAUUAAGCGCAUGGAGGGUCGGGUAUCUCUCCGUUGUUUUGGAUAAAAUUGCGGCAGUGGUGCAAAUCUACGGGGCAGCCACAGCCUCUGACACAAAUGUAGGCAAUGAGGUGAUCUUGAGAGGAUUGCAUAUUUACAUGGCAGGCAUUGCUAUUCAGCAAUUAUUCAUAUGCAUUUUCUCUGUAAUCGCAAUAUGUUUCCACAGAGAUACAAGCGUGGUCCUGCCAAGAAAUGCCCUCCUGCUCCUUUACUGCUUAUACUUUGCAGUCAUUUUGAUAUCUACCAGAAUUAUCUUUCGUCUUAUCGAGUAUUCUGGUGGUCUCAAUAGUUCCAUCCCUCGACACGAAGCUUACCAGUACUGUCUCGAUUCUUUACUUAUGCUGAUCGCAUCAUGCGUACUCAAUAUUGUACACCCCGGUCGGGUCAUGCCCGGAAAGCAAGGAGAUCUUCCCAACAAAGCGGAGAGAAAACUGCACGGAAUUACACCCGAAGCUUGUAGCGAUCGUAUUCUUCUUUCCAACCAGGUAAACGAAAACGCAUAG